GCGCAUGCGCGGCACCCUGUGCACAUGCGCAGUGCUCGCGCUGCCGGGCUUGGGUGGCUGCCGCCCCGCUUGGAGCUAGACGCCGGGCGCUAUGGCCUCGGGCGGCGGGGAAGUCGUCGCGGUGCCGGCGUCCGGGGCUGCCAUCGGCCUCGGCAAUGGGGCAGGUGGGACCUCGGCGCAGACCAACAACCCGCUGUCGCGGAAGCUGCAUAAGAUUCUGGAGACGCGGCUGGACAAUGACAAGGAGAUGUUGGAAGCUCUCAAGGCACUUUCAACCUUUUUUGUUGAAAAUAGCCUGCGGACUCGAAGAAAUUUACGUGGGGAUAUUGAACGCAGAAGUUUAGCCAUCAAUGAAGAAUUUGUAAGCAUUUUCAAGGAAGUGAAGGAAGAACUUGAAAGCAUAAAUGAAGAUGUUCAAACAAUGAGCAACUGUUGUCAAGACAUGACAAGUCGCCUACAGGCAGCGAAGGAACAGACUCAAGAUUUAAUAGUAAAAACCACUAAACUUCAAGCUGAAAGUCAGAGAUUAGAAAUAAGAGCCCAAGUGGCUGAUGCUUUCUUAUCGAAGUUCCAAUUGACUUCUGAUGAAAUGAGUCUUCUCCGAGGUACAAGAGAAGGACCCAUUACUGAGGAUUUUUUCAAGGCAUUGAGGAGAGUGAAACAGAUUCACAACGACGUCAAAGUUCUCUUGCGCACAAACCAACAAACAGCAGGUUUAGAAAUUAUGGAACAGAUGGCUUUGCUUCAAGAAACAGCUUAUGAAAGACUUUAUCGAUGGGCUCAGAGUGAAUGCAGAGCGUUGACACAAGAAUCGUGUGACAUAUCUCCAGUGCUGACUCGGGCGGUGGAAGCCCUGCAGGACAGACCUGUCCUAUACAAGUACACCUUAGAUGAAUUUGGAACAGCCAGAAGAAGCACAGUUGUUCGUGGAUUCAUUGAUGCUCUUACCAGAGGAGGCCCAGGAGGUACACCUAGACCCAUCGAAAUGCACUCCCAUGACCCUCUGAGAUACGUGGGAGAUAUGUUGGCUUGGCUCCAUCAAGCUACUGCCUCGGAAAAGGAACACCUCGAAGCUCUCCUGAAGCAUGUGACCACACCAGGUGUUGAAGAAAAUAUUCAAGAAGUUGUUGGGCAUAUCACUGAGGGUGUGUGCAGGCCACUAAAGGUUCGAAUUGAACAAGUCAUAGUUGCUGAACCUGGGGCAGUUUUAUUAUAUAAAAUUUCUAACCUCCUUAAAUUUUACCAUCAUACAAUCAGUGGCAUUGUUGGAAAUAGUGCAACUACGUUGCUGACUACCAUUGAAGAAAUGCAUCUGCUAAGCAAAAAAAUAUUCUUCAGUAGCCUGAGUCUUCAUGCAAGUAAAUUAAUGGACAAGGUUGAACUACCCCCACCUGAUCUCGGACCGAGCUCUGCAUUGAAUCAGACACUCAUGUUGUUGCGUGAAGUUUUGGCGUCUCACGAUUCUUCGGUCGUGCCGUUAGAUGCCCGUCAGGCUGAUUUUGUGCAGGUUUUAUCAUGUAUCCUGGAUCCUCUCCUCCAGAUGUGUACUGUAUCAGCCAGCAAUUUAGGCACAGCUGACAUGGCCACUUUCAUGGUCAAUUCACUAUAUAUGAUGAAGACAACAUUAGCUCUGUUUGAAUUUACUGACAAACGUCUGGAAAUGCUACAGUUUCAGAUCGAAGCGCACUUGGACACACUUAUAAAUGAGCAAGCUUCUUAUGUUUUAACUAGAGCGGGCUUGAGUUAUAUCUAUAACACCGUACAGCAACAUAAACCUGAACAGGGUUCUUUAGCUAAUUUGCCCAACCUAGAUUCUGUGGCACUGAAGGCUGCGAUGGUUCAGUUUGAUCGUUACCUGUCAGCCCCAGACAACCUGCUGAUGCCACAGCUGAACCUCCUCCUAAGUGCCACAGUGAAAGAGCAGAUCAUAAAGCAGUCUACGGAGCUAGUCUGCAGGGCGUACAGUGAAGUGUAUGCUGCCGUGAUGAAUCCAGCCAAUGGGUACAAAGAUCCAGAGAGCAUCCUCCACCGAUUGCCUCAGCAAGUGCAGACGCUUCUUUCCUGAGGAUGCUAUUGCCUGUGGCACCAAACAUCGCAUCUCCCAAACGCUGAAGGUUUUCUUCGGUUUUAGUCUGUGAAUCUUGACUUUGAAAUGUGAUGGUUACAGUUGUCAUUGCCUCAUAAGAUUGUAAGUCCCAGCAAUUGUUCUGCUUUGGCCCCGGUAACGUGGAAGUGGCGUGUGUUGACCUGAGUUAGCGUUGCGCUGUUCCCUGUGUGGAGAUGCUCUGUUCUCUGCUAGCCGACCCUCCAGUUCGCAUUCCCCCGCUAUUCUGGAGUAUUAGUGUGUGCAGGGGGGAAAAGUAGUACAAGGCGUUUGAGGGAUUUUCUACAAGGUUAGUUCUAAAUUAACUAGACAUAAAAAGUUUAAGAUUUAGUAUGAGGAUAUGCCCUAAUAAAUGUCUCUUUAUCUAAAGAUUCGAUUUUUUUCCUGUUAUUAGUGUGACUAGGUGUACUUAAACUGAGGAGCAGAAAUAUACACUCAGCAAAAAGGGGAAAAGAGAGAAGUAACUUAAACAGGGUGGAUUCCACUCUGUGUGCCCUGGACUGAAUUCAAGGGGAAGUUUAGCACUUCCGAUGGGUUUCAGGUGUGUAGGCAUCCUGUCCUGCUUAUGAAUCUAGUGGUUCAAGAUGGAUAUUUGUUAUACAAGGAGGACUCUAAUGCAACCAAGUACAAAUUUUAUCUGAUGUUCAAAUCAAAGAAAUAAUGAUCUACCCUAACACUGGAAGGAAAAGGCCCAAGUAGCAAUUGCCAAUUGACACUAAUUGUUGUUUGUCUCCAUGGUGGCCCCUUAAAGAAUGAUUUGAGUUCUGACUUUAGAACUUUACCUGUAAUAAUAUUCAAAAUCACUGUUUUGUUUUUUGUUUUUUUUUAAUAAAUCUCAGUGUGUUUCAUGUGACUUUC